CACUCGUGAUCUUCCCACCGAGUCCCGCAAGACACGGCUCCGGCAGGCGGGAGCGCUUAGCGUGCCAGAAGGCCAAGGGGAGUUGGGAUGGUGGGACGACAUUGACAGUCCAGGCCAGCACUGCUGGUCACGUCCUUCCACCGGGCGCCCCACAGGCCCCUUCUCUCACUACAGCCCCACUCACAGCGCCUUGUCCCAGCCAGUUUGGGAGGAACCUUGGCCACUCCCUGGCUCCAGCAUCCCUUUUACCCCAGAAGGAUAAGAAACUCCCCUCCCUGUCCCCGCACGGUGCUCACCCGGCGAAGCUGCCACUCCGCCACAGUCUCAGUGCAGCAAUUUACACUCCAAACUCUUCAGUCUGGAAGAGCAGGUGGAUUUUGCAUUUGCAUAACCAAAGGGCUCAUGGGAGUGCGUUCUUCCACCCCAGGGAACAGUCCUGUCCCAGUUAAAUUCUACGCCUGCCUUUACUUUCACAGAAGAUUGCAAGCACUGUUGAGAUGGUGGGGUCCUAUUUCCAGACACGCCUGGCAUGAGCAGGCACGUGGAGAAAUAACUGCCCAGCCACUGUCUGGAGAAGUUUGGCAACACCUGCCAACAGCUUCUAAAGUCCCUGCCCUUUGACCCACUCCUAGUGUUACCUUGGAAAUGACCUCCAUUCUUGUGUCAGGAAAGGAAUACCCCUUCAACAGAAUGAAAGCGGGUUGUCUCUAGAGUGAGAACAACAGGUCAGAUGUUAACGUUGGAAUAUUUAUUGAGAAACUCUUAGCUUUGGGUCCUUUUGGCUUCUGCGUUGGGGUCAUUGUCUUGUUAAGAGAGACAUUGAGUAAUCUACUAGUUCCUGCUCUAAUUGAUAGAAAAUUUGUUUGAAAUUUCUAAACUUUGUUCUAUCUAGCUCUUUGAUUUGGGAUUUUUGUUUCAUUAAAUUUACUUAUGAAAACUUCCCUGUGCCAGACACAGUUGAUAUUUAGGACAUGGCUUACUCUUGAGUGAAGAGUGGAUUAAGCUUUAGGGUUGUGACCAACUUCAAAGCGUUCUGUGACAGCCCCUGGGCUCUGGCUACUUAAUCUUAAAUAGAGAUUAGUUGAGUUACAAUGAUUUCUUCCUUUUUUCCUUAUGUCUAGCUGCUACCUAUCAGUAGGAGUGCUUUUCUGAAAAUAGUAGCCAUCUGGGGUGGUCAUCCUACAGCAAAACCUCGACAGACGAUUUUAUGCCUGGUAGGGCUGAAUCCGCACUCGUGCACAGUGGGAUACAAUGCAGCCAUGAAGUAUAUGAUACGACUGUCUCCAUGGACAGAUGUCUUGUGAUGCUGUUGAGAGAAAAGGCACAGGGUAUUUUGUGGGAAAUAAAAACAACCAAAAAUUAUUCUCAGUUCUGCGUAUCUGAGUCCCUCUGGAUCUGCAGACUUACCCACUUUCUUUUCCUGACACUAUCUCCUAAUCCUGCCCCCAGAUAGCCAGGUUGUACCCCAACAUGAACUUGGAGCUCCAGGGAGCUGUGGUCUCCGCCCCACUCCUGAACUUCAGCCCUGGGAACCUGUCCUUGGUGCUCCAGAUGGAGACUGAGGGCUUUGUGCUGCUGCCCAACUCUGCCCGAGAGCCUGUCUUCCGACUUGGUGUGAGCACUAAUGUAUCCAUCACCUUGACCUUCAACACCAGCAAGAUCACUGGGUUCCUGAAUCCAAGAAAGGUACAAGUGGAGCUGAAAGAAUCCAAAGUGGGACAAUUCAAUGUGGAGCUGUUGGAGGCGCUCCUCAACUACUACAUUGUCAACACGCUCUACCCUGAGGUCAACGAUAAGUUGGCCAAAGGAUUCCCCCUCCCUCUGCUAAAGCAUAUUCAGCUCUACGACCUUGUUCUACAGAUCCACAAGGACUUCCUGUUCUUGGGUGCCAAUGUCCAGUACAUGAGAGUCUGAGAACCAGAGAACAAUGGGUCUUGGAGGCCAUGGUGAAUCUCCCACGUGCAUCACUGGGAUGUGGUACAUCUCUGGAGAGUCUCAGAGGAUAAGGACAUUUCUGUUCUCAGCUCCAAGGGAUCUGCCAGGCGCAUCCACGCCCUUCCACACCUGACCCUGGAGUUCAUUUUCCCUCCAAGAUGGACCAUUUCCCCACUGACCUGUGAUGUCUUUUAAGAUCAGGCACUGUAGUUUUUAUUCACCAUCUGAUACCCAGGUCUGGCACUUAGUAGGUCAUCAAUAAAUAUUUAUGGAAUGACUUGAUGGUGGAAUCACUGGGUUCUAGCUGUGAACUGUUCACUCCCUUCUGGACUCAAGAGUCUCUGGCUGGUUGUCCCCAACUGUGACCUCCAAGGUAAGACCCUGAUGACACUUCCCUUCUCACUGUCCUCUGCUAGAGAGGCCUCAAAGAGAGAGCCAGGGCCUGAGUGCUGUGCCUUGGUGCUGACGUCUGUCACUAAGGCCUUCAUCUGUCUCCAUUAAGGGUCAGUUCCACAUCUGCCAUCUCUUGCUCCUUGCUGGCUGCAGGCCCAGGAGCGAAUAGCAGAACUUCAGCCUCCUGCUGCCUCCCCAGUGAGGCUGGCGUAGUGAGGGGGAAUGGAUCCAACCAGGGUCUGAUCUGACCCAAAUAAAAAGCACAUCCAACUGUUGUUUAUGAGCUCCAAGCCUGGAGGGGGAGGCCAUGAUUUCUAAUUACUGAACAACAAGUCUUUGAUCAGACUUAAUAAUUAAGAGUCAUUUCCAAGUUAUGUGGUUAGGCCCCAGUGCUGGAAGUCAGAAGGCUCAUUUGAUUGUUUUUUAUUGCCCUAACGAGCAGAUGGAUGGAGUUGAUAGCUAACAGAGAGUUCAUAGGGAACAGACCCACUUACCAUGUGUGAAACAGAGAUGGGGUCCAAGAUGGGAACCGCGUGCUAUUAUCCAGCUGCGACAGAGUAAGUCUCAGCUUUACCUCCUUUCUCCUCUUUAUUUGUUUGCCACAAUCCUCCAUCCCUGUGGAAGACUGGCAAAGGAUUCAGGCUUCAUUUGUGUCACUUCCUCCCUCAGGUCCUUACCUGUAAGAUAAAGAGGAUAGUAAUGGUGACCACUUCCUAGGGCUGUUGUAAAGACAACACUGGGCCAUUAUGGGGCUCAGUGUGCACGGCAAGGGGUGCUCAAUGAGCACCAGUCUGCCAGGCAUUGGGAGAAACAGACAGCACAGACUCAGCUCUGUGGAGUCCCUGCUUCUGAGAACAUUGUCUUGGACAGGGUGGGAGCAGCUGGCCUUGGUUGCAGCUCACCCGCUCUGGGCCCCUGGACAAAGGUGCUCUGAGCCUCAGGGUCCUCACCCAUCAAGAGAGACUGGAAUAGCUCAUUCCCUGGCAGGGUGAUGAGAGACUAAGUGGUUCUUGUCUAACUUCUGUGAGUGCCUGGGGCAUAAACAAGUCCUGUAAAUGGCAGAUGUGAUUGCUACCUGUUAUGGUUGGAGUGUGGGCGAGACACUGACCAGGGUCCUACCAUAGGGCAGGAGCCCAGCAGCUCAGCAUCCUAGAUGUGCAAUAAAAAAGUGGCGAGUUGUUCUUUGCAUGGUUUUGUUUGUGCCAAACUGGGUUUUGAAUUCAGGCACUGAAGUUUGAGCCACACAUCCCCUAGCCCUGCAUGUUUUGUUUGUUGUUUUUUUAAAUAAAACUCAGGCUAGUUUGCAAGCAAGAUUGCAUUUCAAGCCAGGUGCCAGUGGCUC